AUGGUUGUCUUCGACCGCUUCCGCGAGGAUGCCAUCAACGCCAUCUAUGCGGCCCAGGAGGAGGCCAUGCGGCGGAGCUAUGGCACCGUAUGCACGGAGCUCAUCGUCUAUGGAAUCUUCGCGCAGGAGCAGAAAAACGGGAACCGCAUCGCUAAGACGGCGUUGGUCCGGAAGGGAGUCACCCAGGAGGCACUUCCGUUCCUCGCCCGGACCCCGCCCCUCUCACGCGCCUUCCGCGCGCCCGCGCCUGCUGCCUGGCCCCGCCUGGCCUUUGGCCCCGCGAUGGGGAAGGUGACCCCUGUCCAGGAGGCCGUGCAGCUCAUCGAAGAUGGCUGCACCGUGGCCACAGGGGGCUUCAUCGGCAUUGGCUUCCCCGAGCAGCUGGCGGUGGAGCUGGAGAAGCGGUUCCUCCAAACCGGAAAGCCUCGCGACCUGACGCUGAUGUAUGCAGCUGGCCAAGGCGACGGCAAGGAGAAGGGUGUCAACCACUUCGCCCACCGCGGCAUGCUGAAGCGGGUGGUUGGAGGACACUGGGGCCUAGUGCCGCGCCUGGGGGCGAUGGCCAUGCGCAACGAGGUGGAAGCCUAUAACCUGCCCCAAGGCGUCAUCUCGCACAUGUUCCGGGACAUUGCGGCCAAGCGACCCCGUACCAUCACCCACGUAGGCAUGCACACCUUCGUGGACCCUGCCAUGGGGGGUGGCAAGAUGAACGAGUGCACCUCCGAGGAUUUGGUCGAACGCCUGGACUUCGACGGCAAGACCUACUUGGCGUACAAGACCUGGCCCGUGCAUGUGGCCUUGCUGCGCGGGACAACGGCGGACCUCCAUGGGAACGUCUCAAUGGAGAAGGAGGCCUUGUUCCUCGAGGCCCUGGCGAUCGCUAUGGCGACCAAGAACUCGGGGGGCCGUGUCCUGGUGCAGGUGGAGCGCCUGGCAGCCGCCGGGUCGCUGGCCCCGCGCUCGGUGAAGAUCCCAGGGGUACUGGUGGACCACGUGGUGUUGGCGGACCCAGCCUACCACUGGCAGACCUUUGCGGAGCCGUACAACCCCGCCUUCAGCCACGCCCUGCGCGCUCCGGACACCGUGGACGCCGCCCACGGCCCCGGCUUCGGUGGCGCGCCGGGUGGCGGCGCGCCGGGCGGCCCUGGAGCUGCGCGCGGGGAGGAGGGCCUCUUGGGCCAAGUCACCCUCACCACGGAGCCGGGGGUCAUCGGCGGCGUGCCCUGCGGGGCCCCCAACUUCGGGGCCGCGGUGAACGUGGCGGCGCUGCUGGAGCAGCCCUCCCAGUUCGACUUCUACGACGGGGGCGGUCUGGACGUGGCUUUUCUGGGCCUCGCGCAGGCGGAUCGCCGCGGGAACAUCAACCUGAGCCGCUUCGGAGGGCGUCUGACUGGCGCCGGUGGGGCCAUUAACAUCAGUCAGAACGCCAAGCGGGUGGUCUUUGUCGGCACCUUCACGGCGGAGGGUCUCGAGGUGAGUGUGAAUCCUGUGAAGGGAGGGAGACUACAGAUCGAGCAGGAGGGCAAGAGUCGGAAGUUCCUGGACCACGUUGAGCACGUGACCUUCAGCGGCGACUACGCGAUGGAACGGGAGCAGGAGGUGUUGUACAUCACAGAGAGGUGCGUUUUUGCCUUGACCUCUCGGGGCAUGGAGCUGCGCGAGAUCGCGCCGGGAGUGGACCUCGAUCGGGAUGUUGUGGGUCAGAUGCUCGGAGGGAUGGGCUUCAAGCCGCUCAGCGGUUCGCUGAAGCUGAUGGAUCAGCGCAUCUUCCAGGGCAACGAGGAUGUCGACAGCGAGGUGGGAGCAAAAACGGUCGGAAGCCAACAGCGACCAGAGGUGGUUGGAGGAUUGGAGGAGCUUGGAGGAGCUCGGAAGAGAUCGGAGGAGAUCGGAGGCAACGGGGGGCUGCCCUUCAGCGACAACGCCCGGCUUCUCUUUGACACCGCCAACGUCGAGAGCGCGGGCUCCACGGAGAUUGGCUGCGAGCAGCUGCUGUUGGCACUGGGCCAGCCCUCGUUGGCGCAGUGUGGCGGCGCAAAGAUGCUGGCAGGCCUGGGCCUGCCGGGGAGCGAGCUGCGCGUGGCGGUGCAGCAGCAGAUGUCGGCCUUUGACGGGGAGUCCGAGCAAAACCUUGCGGCGGUCGGGGCCGACGAGAAGGUUGAGUCCGACUUGACGCUGGACCAGGUUGCCACUGACCUUACGCAAAUGGCCAUGGAUGGGCUCUUGGACCCAGUAGUAGGCCGCCAGGAGGAGAUGGAGCGCAUCAUCCAGAUCUUGCUGCGCAAGCGCAAGAACAACGCCUGCCUGGUGGGCCCUGCGGGUGUGGGAAAGACCGCCGUAGUGGAGGGCCUCGCGCAGCGCAUAGCCCAGGGCCAGGUGCCGGCGCGGUUAAAAGGGAAGCAGCUCUACUCCUUGGACUUGGGCCAGCUGGUGGCUGGCACCAAAUACCGCGGAGAGUUCGAGGAUCGCCUGAAGAAGGUGAUUAAGGAGGUGACGGAUGAUGCAAGGGACAUUUGCCUCUUCAUCGACGAGAUCCACCAGAUCGUGGGUGCAGGCGCUGCAGGCGCCGACUCCUCCAUGGACGCGGCGAAUCUGCUGAAGCCUUCUCUGGCGCGGGGCGAGCUCCAGGUGAUCGGCGCCACCACCGUGGACGAGUACACCAAGCACAUCGAGAAGGACUCGGCACUGGAGCGAAGGUUCCAGAAGGUGGCCUGCGAGGAAUCCUCGGUGCCUGAAGCCCUGUCGGUGCUGGAGGGCUUGCGCCCUGCCUACGAGGCGCACCACGGGGUGCUGCUGGCGCCAGAGGCGCUGGAGGCUGCGGUGCGGCUCUCACACCGCUACUUGAACGAGCGCUUUUUGCCGGACAAGGCGGUUGACCUCAUAGACGAAGCAAGCAGCCUCGCUCAGUGGCGCGUGGAGGUUGAGCUGGAUGAGGCCAACUUGCAGCUCUCCCCGGGCGAGCUGCCAAAGCCUCUGGUCACGGCUUCUGACGUGGCCACUGUGCUCUCGAAAUGGUGCGGAGUGCCGGUGGAGAGGCUCCAGGAGGGCGAGUCAGAUCGCCUGAUGCGACUGGAGGAGACCUUGGCGCGGCGUAUUGUGGGCCAGGCGCAAGCCGUGAGCGCGCUGGCCCGGGCUGUGCGCAGGGCCCGUAGCGGCCUGGCCGGUCAGAGUCGACCGAGCGCGUCCUUCUUCUUCGCUGGCCCAUCAGGUGUCGGCAAGACUGAGCUGUGUCGAGUCCUGGCGCAAGAGUACUACGCCGACAUGAAGGCCAUGAUCCGCCUGGACAUGAGCGAGUUCUCGGAGGCCCACAGCGUGUCGAGACUCAUCGGCGCGCCCCCGGGCUAUGUCGGCUACAACGACCCCAGAAGCGGCCAGCUGACCGCUGCCGUCCGGCGCCGACCCUACAGCGUGGUGGUGCUGGAUGAGAUUGAAAAGGCCCAUGCGGAGGUACUGAACCUCCUUCUGCAGGUGCUCGAGGAUGGCCGCCUCACCGAUGGCAAGGGCCGGACUGUGAGCUUCAACAAUUGCAUCAUCGUGAUGACGUCCAAUGUGGGCAGCAAGGAGAUUUUGCAGCAGGUGGAGUUAGCGGCGCGCUGGGAGAACUACGAGGCCACGGAGGACGGGGUGCUGAAGGAGGCGUAUCUGGCCGGCCAGGAUGAGGUGCACUUCAAGCUCCACGGAGCGCCGUACAAGGUGGACUUCCGGCAGAUGCUGCAGGUGAACCUGGGCACCGGCAGAAGGCGGCCCAUCCGGGCGCCGCACAGCUGGCAGGAGGGCCGGCGCCUGGUGGUGCAGGUUCCGGAGGGAGGGCCCGGCAGCUGCAUCUACGUGCCGAACCCUGACCAGGCCGGGGAUUUCCUCACUGUGCAGGUGCCCCGAGAGGCCAAGGCCGGCGCGGGCAUGGUGAUCCCGCUGCCGAAAUCCGGAGCCGCCUUCGACCUGCCGGAACCGUCGGCACCGACUGCGUCGGUCUCGCGGCACCUUGUGCGGCGAACACCAGGCGGCUGGGUUGGCCUCCUGGUGGGCUUCCUGCAGAGUGGCCCCCUGGAAGAGAUGGCCGUGGUGUGCGAAAGGAUGAAGCACUGCCAGUGA